GUCGUUCGCGUUCGUUAUCAGUUAUCACAAUCACAUCACGAGUUCUGUGUUCAAACCCAUGAUAUGAUCGUAAACUCUUGAAAUUUACCCAUUAAUUGAAAGGCCUUCCAUUAGACCAUAGAUUUUUCCAGUGAUUUGAAAUUGUAAUUUUGUUUUUUAACAGAGCCCUCGCAUAAUGUAGGUUUCUGUUUUUGCUACUGCUGAUCACUCUUUCAGUUAAGUACGUAGUAUUUUAAUCAAUUAUUUGAACAAAUUAUAUAUAAUGGGAGUCAAAGAUUUGUGGACGAUUAUAUCUCCUAUCUGUGAGAGGAAAUCCCUCUGGGAAUUCCAAGAUAAGUGUAUCGCUAUUGAUCUAAGCUGCUGGAUUUGUGACAGUCAAAAUGUGACGGACAACCGUGCUCAACCGAACAUGUAUCUGAGAAAUCUGUUUUUCCGUAUUUCUUAUCUUCUACUACAUGGAAUCUUGCCCAUAUUUAUCCUUGAAGGCAAUGCACCAGAAUUGAAACAUGACACAAUUGAACAAAGGAAAAAUGCAAGGUUGAAGGGCUCUCAAAACUACAAUGCUCCUUCUGGAAAUAACCCACCCGGUGAUUCCAAAAAAGGGAAUCGUAGCAGGUUAAAAGGAAUCCAAACGCAGUGCGCUGAACUCUUCACUUGCAUGGGUGUACCAUUCGUCAGAAGCUCUGGAGAAGCAGAGGCUCUUUGUGCCCAGUUGAAUCGAGUCAAGAUUGCCAGCGGAGUAAUUUCUGAGGAUAGUGAUUGUUUCUUGUAUGGUGCUCGCACUGUGUACCGCAACUUCAAUCUGAGCAGCAAUGCAGGCGCAAGUGUUGAUGUCUAUCAGAUGAGCAUCAUCGAAGAAAAACUGAACAUUGGCCGAAAUAAAAUGAUCGCUCUCUCUUUAUUGCUUGGCUGUGAUUACCAGGGCAAAGGUGUUCAGGGUAUUGGCAAGGAGUCAGCACUGAAAUUUCUAGAAAAUCUUACAGAAGAAGAAAUUCUGCCAAGACUAAAGAAAUGGCGAACAAACAAGUACCUUGAUGCUGUGGAGAAAGACAAAAAGCUCCUCUCCAGUGACCCGUUAUUAAAACUAGAAGUGAAAAUUAGACAAAAAGCCUUGGAAGACCCAUCCUUUCCAUCAGCGGACAUCAUUGCUGAAUUUCUAAAGGAAAACGAAAACUUGAAAUCUCAAAAAUUCAGCUGGGAACGUCCAAGUUUAGCCAAAUUUUUGAGUAUUGCUGGAAGAAAAUUAAAGUGGGAGGAUGACUAUGCUAUUGAAAAAUUUCUUCCUGUAUUGACAAGAUGGCAAUUGUUGCAUGGUAACCCCGAAAAGCCAGUUGUGGAACUAGAAAAAAUUAUUAAAAAAAGGAAACCCCGCGGAAUCGCCAGUUACGAAAUUUCAUGGAAAUCCUUUACAGUAACUACAAUUGAACCAGAGGAAUUGGUCCAUAAAAUGUUCAGAGAAGCAGUAGAGCAAUAUGAAGAAUUGAACUGCAAAGGAUCAAAGAAAAAACAGCAAGCCAAAAAAGAUAAAGUUUUGAAAGACGUAUCAAAUCAAAACAAUUCUGUUGGAAACAGCCAAGCCAAGAAGACAAAGGAAAAAAAUGCGAAGAAAACUACUGUUGGGAAAGGAAUUCAAACUUUGGAUAAAUUUCUGGUCAAAUUGAACAACCUCUCUCUGGUCGAUGAUUCAGAAGGAAUCACAUCCAAUGAUGUAAAUGAAAAACCAACCUUAAACCAAAGUAUUGUGAGUGAUACAUUUGAAGAGGAGAAUUAUUGUGAUUAUGCUGAUACCUACUAUUAUGAGAAUAAUGAGAAUGCCACUAGUCCAGGAGGAAAUGGUUAUUCACCCCCAUGCAAUAGUAGUUGCAAUGUGAAACAUUCGGAGGACGUUGCCCAAAGGAAUUUCUCCAUCUCAAAAUUAUCUCACAGUGCAUCCGAUUUACAAAUAAAUCCUCAUAUUACCGCUGAUAAUACAGUGCUCGAUGAAUCAGCAUUUUUCAGGAAACUCAAUCUUUCAAUAGUUAAAGAAUCAGAUCAGUCUCAAGUAUCAAACAAUGUGUCAAUGGUGUCUUGUAAUUUUGAUCACCAAAAUAUCGACUCAGUUUAUUACUUUGAGAGUCAGGAAGUUGAUGGAGAUGAGUGUAAAGAAGAAAAAUUUGAGCCUGCAGAUAAUGUGGUUUCUGAAAACCCAAAUGAGUUAAAGAGUUUAGAAAAUGUAGAUUUGCUUACUAAUAAAGUAGAUUUUGAAAAUGAGAUUUCUUCGUCAGGAGAAAGGGAGAGCAGAGGUUUCAAAAAUAUUGAACUUUCACAACAAGUGAAUGAUGUAUCUAUGCUUUCUUGUGACUUUCAGCACGAUAAGAGUCUCAGUUUUCAGGCUGAUGUUAAAAGUGAUUGCUUAGUUUAUAAUAAUUAUUCACCCAUGGUUGUGAGUCCAAUGCGUUUUCUAAAUCCUGAAGCUAAUGAGGAAAGUGAUCAGCAGUACCUAAUUUUACAAGAAAAUAAUAAUGAUCAAUCUAUGGUAAUGAAAUCCAGCACCCCUAUUUCUAAGUCUAGUAAGUCAGAGUUAGGUUCUGAAGUCCCAACCCUUACCUCAGGGAAAAAAACAUGGGUUUCAAAAUUUCAUCAAAAAUGUGCAAUUAAUGAUAGUAUUACAGCCUCUGAUUUUGAGUGUGAGGCGGAUGAUAUUUCAGACUUAAGUGACAUAGUUGAAAAUAUCGUUAGGAGAAAAAUCAACUAAGUGUAUGUUCGCACUGCAUUUUAAAGUACUAUAGUUUCCUUUCUUUUAUUUUGCCCCCAGGAAUUUUCUCUCUCUAUUUUCAAUCUAGUUUGUCUGUUUGAAUAGUCAUGUAAGAAAUUUGUACUAUGAUGUCACAGGACUUCAAACACAAGAUGACAAUUAUUGUAAACUGACAUAUUUGCAUUAUUUUUGGUUUUUUUUAAAAAAAAAAAAAAAAUGCUAAGAGUACAGACUUAAUAAUAUGCUCAAUUAAAAUUUAUUGAAAAGUUGUAGAGCCAAAUGUAAGUAAAAAAAUGUCAUUGCCUAAUUUCAAAAGUUUAGUUUGAUUGUUGUUUUCUAAUAAAAAGAAAAAAAAGAAGAAAAAAAAACUUGAAGGCAAGGCAGUAAAUUUAAAUAAAUACUCAUUGAAAAGUCAUAGAAUAACCGCAGAAAGUUUAGUAAUUAAUAACAAUUCAUUGUAAAGUGACAAUAAAGCUGUAUUCUAAAAGAACUAAGUAUGCAAGACACAGCUCCUCUAAAAUGCUAGCAAACAGACGAUUUAGCAUUCAAUUGAUUUGAGUCUUCUCAGAUUUCUGGAAGGUUUCAUGGAAUUAUUAACAUUUCUUCUUUAAUAAUUUAAUAAGCCCCCUUUUAUUCAUCAAUGACCUAAAAUAUUUUAUAUUCGGAAUAAUUAAUGAACUUCCACUUUUCAUCAUUUUUCUCUUUUAAGUUGUUGACAUAAAUCAUAUCAUUAUUGCAAUAUUUUUACUUUCUCGUUUUAUUUUGGAAUAAAUGCUUCAACUUCUGAUAUCA